AUGAAUACAUCGCAGAUGAACUCGCUGAUAGAUUCGUCUAUCAUGUCAAAUGAAUCGAGCCAGCAAUCAAUGCUUACUGAGAACCCACUGGUCAAGUUCUGGCAGACGAAUAACUAUAAAAAUUCGAUUACUAGUCCCAUUCAUCUCCAGAGUCCGACCAAUUUCCAAACGGGGACGUUUCAGACCCAGCCUGCCAAUGUUGAACCCAUUAGUAAUAAUAACUCGAUGAAUGUGAAUGCACCAAGCUACGUUCCUUACAAUUACAACAACAAUUACCAGCACUAUGAUAAGUAUUACAAUAAUCAGAGUUGUGAACUUUAUGAUAGGUCGUCGUUGCAGAAUUUUGCAAUCAAUACCAAUAAAAAGGACAAGAUACAGGAGGAACUCGAGAGAACAAAGGUUGAUUUAGUGAUCAAGAACCAACUAAUUAAGAAUCUUUCAGACCAAUUGAAUACGCUCAAUAAGUUGAAGAAUGUGAAACAUAGUACCGGCAACAGCUUCAAAGUUCCUCAGAAUUAUUACGAGCUAUUUAAGGAUUUGACGAAGACCUUGAAAGACAAGACUGUUGAGCUUGAAGAAACCAAAGAAAGGUUGGAAUCGAUUGUUGUGGCAUUAUCUAUGAACAACCAUCGUUCGUUGCUGGUUAAUGGCGAGUUUGACGAACAGGAAUUGGCGCAUAAAAUUAUCAAUAAGCUCUCAUUGUUACAAAAUGAAAAUGAGAAUUUGUUGAAGAUGAUUAGCUCGAGUAAUAAACUGAGCCUAAUAAUAGAAUUGGGACUCUUGAAGAAUGAAAAUUGCCAACUCAAAGAAAAAUUGAAGAAUUUUGAAAAGUAA